AAUGCAAUGUGUACACAUUAUUUGCAAGAGAUUCAUUGACCAGUUGCUGUACUGUGCCUGCUGUGAGUCUGUUGAUAGUGGUUCCUGAAUUAACUGCUUCUGAGAUUCUUAAAAAAAUUGAUCUUGAGUUGUCAUCUAUCUCGAGUCAUCAGUUGAUCGUUGGCACAUUGGAAGAAGUUUGUGAGAAGCCAUGAUGAAGUUUGUUCAUUUGCUGCCAGUACUGACAACCCUUGCUCUUUCUCUGGGAGGAGCAUUGUCGUAUGAAACGGGAAAGACAUACCGCUAUGACUAUGCUACCGAUUUAGAAAUCAGCGACCCAAGCUCGGGGGAUGACUGGAGUAGCGAUGGAUCCAAAGUCGGCUUCAAACUUUCCUCGGUCAUUGACCUUGCCGUUGUCUGGCAGAACCCACAAGAUGCUUAUGAAAAGAUCUGGAAACUUACAUUUGCAGAUACCAAGCUGCAGAACCCAGGAGGGAGAACAGACGAGACGGAUACCUUCAAAGCAGCACCCAACCUCCAGAUCAUCAGCGGCCAGCCACUCUAUGUCAUCACGAAAGCUGGGAAGGUGGAGUCCGUCUACGGCUCAACGAGUGACACGCCCACUUCCCUGAACAUGAAGAAGGGCGCGGCUAGCCUGUUCCAGUUCCAGUCUAGCGAGGGCAGUGUCUCAGAGGUUGAUGCAUCAGGUCAGUGCCAGGUCAGGUAUUCCUCAAACAAUGGCAAAGUCACCAAGACAAAAUACAUAGCCAGCUGCACCAGCCCUACCUCAGCCAGCGACUUCCAGCACCCCAGGCAUAUCCUUGGUGUGAAUGUCCAAUCAGAAUGCUUGACAGUCUACACCUUGUCAGGUGAUGGCUCUGUCAUCCAAUCAGCAGAGGGAACAGAAAGCUAUGCACUCAGCGUUAGUAUCAGGGAUACGAUAGCAUCAUCUAUCAAUUCAAGACAAUCCUUGGUACUUCAGGGUACUAGCGAUGGUGGAGGAUCUCUUACAGGUGCUAGUGUAGAUGCUGCUAUUCAGGCUGCAGGAAGCUUCCUACCACAGUCUCUAGCCCAGGAUAUAGUGGAUCAACAGUGCACAGAUAACUGUCAGUCGGCUGCAGAUGUCGUAGACAAGUAUAGAAACUCUAUCAAAUCAGAGUUCUUAGCCAAUUCUAAAUCUUCUUCAGCAUUUUUGAAAAUCCUUGAAGCUUUCCGCCAGGCUGGCAAAGAGACCAUUGUUGACAUCGUCAGGAGUGGCGCCAAUGAUGAAAUCAGGGCCCAACUGCUCGACAUCGUAGCUGCUACUCAGACAAGUGCAUCCUGGGAAGCCGCCUUAGAACUUCUAGACUUUAGUCAAGUCGACCAAGAAGAAACUAUAGAGAAAUUCUUGGUCAAUGCAGCUUUCAACAGCCAUCCGUCAGAAACACAGAUACAAAAGAUUUUUGAGCUAAUCCAGAGUGGUCAGGUGUCCAGUGAAAAUAUUCAGAAAACGAUGGCCUUGUCCUUGGGAUCAACAGUCAAGAUCUAUUGUUCUAUCAGUGAGGAAAAGUGUAACUCACAGAUUGUUAAAAGUGUAUUGGACCAUUUUAUGCGUGGGCUUCUUGCUGACGAGCGCGAGACGCGUUUGGUGUCCCUCUACGCUCUGAAGAACGUUGCCCGACCCUCAGCGAUGCCGGCGAUCUUGGCCUUGGCAAAAGAUGAUGAGGAUAUGGACUUGAUUGAAAUCGCAGUGGACGCCAUGUCUCAGUUUGAUGAGCAAUGCUUUACCCCAGAAAUAAACAAAGGCCUGAACUCGAUAUAUCACCAAAAUGACCGGCGGUAUUCCAACGUUGUGAGGGUAGCAGCAGUGACUCUGAUUCUUGGGAAGAAUCCCUCUAUACAAGAUGUCGUCAACGUAGCCCUGUCAUUGAACUGUCAGGAUUCUCACGAGUUUGCCAAGUUCGUCUAUUCUAAGAUGAUGCUUCUGAGCAGAGAGGAUACGCAAGCAGCUGCUGUGAUAAAGGAGGCCCUCUCUGAUAUGAUGGUGUACAACUAUGCGAUGGUUCGAUCAGGUGGAUUCUCCAAUGCUUACAGAAGUUUCCUGGCUGAAAUGGACGCCACUUCUGCACCCUUUGAGCUUGAUAUGCAGAUGACCGGUGCUGGUUUGCUAAGGAAGAGCACCUUUGAUGUAGGCCUUGAUGCUGGUAAUGAUUCUCUCACAUUGAUGGAGGUUCUUAUCUUCUCCCGUGGUCUUGAAAGUUUCUUCGGUGAGGACACUGGUGACGAAGGAGAAUCAACGGCUGGCAUCGCUGUUCAGCUCCUCGGUGUCACCCUCCGUCCAAUCGUCUUCUUCUCUGGGUCAGGUGACCUGAUGAGCAUGGCUUGGAGCUUAGGCUCCGCCUCCUCUGACUCCUCCUACUCUGCCGUCGCUGGUCUUAUCCUGCUUCAGGAUCAUUCUCAGAGGAUAUCUCUUCAAUCUGGACUGGAAGUUGAAGCAAAUCUUCAGGGUGGUCUGUCGAUUGACGUUGGUGGCGCCCUUGACUUCAGCCUGUGGCAUAGAACAUCAACGACAACAGUGUAUAAUAGUGGUGCCAUGUCGAUACGAGGCUCAACACGCUUAGCUAGUCCAUUCCUAAAUGCAGGUAUAAGCUACGGUGCCGACGCUUCUGGUCACAUCGAUUUCAUCACCACCGUCAAGUUUUCUUCCCUACCUCCAUCGUUUUGUUUGCAGAUGACACAAGAACCUCUAGCAUUUAAACAAUUCGUCAAGAAAUUUGAGCAGCUAGAUAAUUCACCAAAGAAGUUUGACGUCUCGUAUUCCCGGAAGACGAAAGUCCUCCCGUCGUCUUUCAAGCUAUUCAAGGAGAACUCGCCGAUGUGUCAUGAAAUGUUCGGCAAAGAAGAGGAGGAGGCUUCCUCAAGCUGGUGGUAACUAAGUUAAGAGUUUCGCUUCUGGGCAAUUCUGUAAAGUUAUAUUCAUGUACGUGCGACCUCCUCUACAUGUGUGUUAGACCAUUUUGAAAUGAUUUGUCUACUAUUUUAUUGUUCAUAUGAAAGUUUGUAAUGGUCCUAAAAUAAUUGGUGUUGAUUCAUUUACCUGGUUGCUAAGAAAGCAUGAAUGCUAGCGGGUGAUUCCAUGCUUUAGUUGUUUUACUCUCUUUUUGUUUUUUUUUACUUUUGUGUCCCAUAUAAUAGGACACGUGUCUAUUUUGCAUAUCAUUUGUAAAGGAUGUGUUAACGAGUCAAGUUAAGUCUUGGUUCUUUUUCCCCUUGGGAUACGACCUGAGGUUCACCAUCAAUCAAGAAAAUAUUUUAUUUUCCUGGGGGGGGGUCAGAAAGAUGUCAAAUGUGGUCUUGUAAGUCACAGCAUGGAAUCGCCCUUGUAAGCAAGCAUCCAGAGGACGGAAGGCUUAAGGUCC